AAGCAUCUGUCUAGGCAGGUCUCGGCGCAAAGUGUGUAGCGAAGUGGGAGGCCGAGAUUCAGGCAGACAGACGCACAGAGAGUUUGUGCGAACAUCAACGAUAACAAAACACCUCAACGCCUUUAUGCAAUUUAUUGAACAAGCCAUUAAGAUAUGCCUCGGAUUAUAGCUUCACAAGUGGAUUUAUUCUUGUUCGGCGCCUUGGACCGACGCGGACAAAAUGACAGUUUUUGAAGUAAACAGGAGAAAGUCUCCUUUUUGAAUUGAAUGAGGGUGCCACAACAUUACCAAGAGUGCUCCAAGGCCAUGAUAGAAGGAGCCUGCUGUGCAUACAGAUGUGCCCUCGCUACGAUAUAUCGACUUGGUAGUAGCUAUCCAGAUAGCUAACAUCAUUUGAAAGCUAUUUAAAGAGCACAUUUUUUGCCUCGUUUAAGAAACUUAAUUUUGACAGUUUGCGGCUUUACAGUAGCUGACAGCUUCAGUCUACUAGCUAGUUAGCUAACAGCUAGCUAUUAGCUUCGCUAGCUACACAGCAACUUGUUUAUUAGCUAGCUUAGUUGUAGUUGGCUAGCUACCGUAGCUAGCUGGUUGGCUAGCUGGAUAGCCAACGUUAAUUAGCCAUAUAGCAGACACUUGACUGUUUCCUAGUGUGCUAAUCAAAAUUGUAACUUUUGUAUGAACGGCGAUAUGCUACGUGAAUUUUCAAUGUCGCGAGCUAGUUGGCUAGUCAAUGCCAAUUAAGUUAGAGUUACCUACUAACGUAAGUGAUCUAAAUUUGCUGGUCUCAAUAGCCAGCGUUCACACCCGGACUUGUGGUGUGUGGUUUGCUUUCACUGUUUGUUUAGUAUUUUAAGCUACAUUUUCACCGUGCUUGGACUGACCCACCCACAAGGACUAUCUUGGGCCGAUGCUGACAAUCCAGUCCGGAUCACGGCAACGUAGGACGCCGCCGCAGCCAUGCAGCCGCAGCAAAUAUACGACUUUUCAAGUGACGAGAAUAGUCACAAAUGGCGAGGCCUCUUCGUGCAAGCGUUGCGAAAGGUGCAGGUGCAGGUGCAUCCCAACCUCACGGCCACAGAAGACGCCCUGCAGCACAUCGAAGAGCUCAUCCUGCAGCUGCUCAACAUGCUGUGUGUGGCCCAGCCACGCACCGUACACGACGUGGAGGAACGAGUACAGAAGACCUUCCCCCACCCCAUCGAUAAGUGGGCUAUAGGUGACGCCCAAUCAGCUAUCGAGAAGCGCAAGAGGAGGAACCCUCUCCUGCUGCCAGUGGACAAGAUCCACCCCCUGCUGAAGGAGGUACUGGGGUAUAAGAUCGACUAUCACGUCUCCCUCUACAUCGUGGCCGUGCUGGAGUACAUAUCCGCAGACAUCCUCAAACUGGCCGGGAACUACGUCGGGAACAUCCGCCACUUUGAGAUCCACCAGCAGGAUAUCAAAGUGUCCAUGUGUGCAGACAAGGUGCUGAUGGACAUGUUUGACCAGGACGAGGACAUGGGCCUGGUGUCUCAGUGCGUGGAGGAGCCCUCGUCCUCGGGGGAGCUGACCUACGACGACCUGGUCCGCCUGGAGAUCGCCGAGGAGCGCCAGUACCUGCGCGAGCUCGACCUCAUCAUCAAAGUGUUCCGACAUCACUUCCUGUCCAACACCAAGAUCUUCAUGCCUCAGGAUGUGGAGGUGCUCUUCAGUAACAUCCUGGACAUCCACGAGCUGACGGUCAAACUGCUGGGGCUGAUUGAGGACGCCGUGGAGAUGACCGCCGACGGCAGCCCCCAUCCCCUGGUGGGCAGCUGCUUCGAAGACCUGGCCGAGGAGCAGGCGUUCGACCCCUAUGAGACCCUGUCCCAGGAGAUCCUCUCCAGGGGGUUCCACGAGCACUUCAGCAGCCUGAUGGCCAGACCCUCAGUGGGGCUCUACUUCCAGUCGAUAGCCGAGGGCUUCAAAGAGGCUGUCCAGUAUGUCCUUCCUCAGCUGAUGAUGGUCCCUGUCUACCACUGCCUGCACUACUUCGAGCUACUACAGCAGCUGCAGGAGCGCAGCCAGGCAGACGACCGCGAGGGCCUGAAGCAGGCCAUCACCGCGCUGCUCAACCUGCAGUGCAGCGUGGAGCGCAUCUACCAGCACCUGCCCCGACGCAAGCCUGGUAAGGAGCCCAUGUACCGGCUGUACAGCAGGCAGGUGCGCAGCAAGCAGCUGGCCAUCAAACGCAUGAACGAGAUCCAGAAGAGUAUCGACGGCUGGGAGGGCAAGGACAUCGGCCAGUGCUGCAGCGAGUUCAUCCUGGAGGGGGCGCUGCUGCGCGGUGCCAAGCACGAGCGCCACAACUUCCUGUUUGACGGCCUGAUGAUCAGCUGCAAGGCCAAUCAGAGCUCGCGUCUCCCAGGCUCGGGCAGCGGUGCCGAGUUCCGCCUGAAGGAGAAGUUUGUGCUGCGCAAGGUCCGCAUCGUGGACCGCGAGGACUCGCCCGAGCUGCGGCACGCCUUCGAGCUGGUGGGCCGGGACGACAACUGCGUGGUGUUCUGCGCGCGCUCGGCGGAGGAGAAGGCGUCGUGGAUGGCGGCGCUGGUGACGCUCCAGUACCGCUCCACGCUGGACCGCAUGCUGGACACGGUGCUGCACCGCGAGGAGCAGGACCAGCCCUUGCGCCUGCCCUUGCCCGACGUGUACCGCUUCGGUCAGGACUCCGAGGAGAACAUUGUGUUUGAGGACCGGGUGCAGAGCAAGACGGGCAUCCCCAUCAUCAAGGCCGGCACUGUGGUCAAGCUCAUUGAGAGGCUCACCUACCACAUGUACGCUGAUCCCAACUUUGUGCGCACUUUUCUGACCACGUACCGCUCCUUCUGCAAACCCAGGACCUUCUCAACCUGCUGAUUGAAGAAUCGACAUCCAGAGCCAGAACCCACCGAGGCAGACCGCCAAGCGCUCUGGAACGGUGAUCAGCCAAUGGCAGCUGAGCUCCAGAGAUUCCGUCGGGAAUACGUGCAGCCGGUCCAGCUCAGGGUUCUCAAUGUAUUCCGUCAGUGGGUUGAACACCACUUCUACGACUUCGACAACGACCCGGAACUCAGGUGUCGACUAGAGGAAUACAUCACCAGCAAAAUUCAACUGAGAGGGAAAUCCAUGAGGAAGUGGGUGGAGUCCAUAAACAAGAUCAUCAGGAGGAAGAUGCAGACCCAGUCCAAUGGCGUCAGCCACAACAUCACCUUUGAGAGCCCCCCCCCCCCCAUAGAGUGGCACAUCAGCAGGGUGGGCCAGGUGGACACCUUUGACCUCAUGACCCUUCACCCCAUAGAGAUCGCCCGGCAGCUGACCCUGCUGGAGUCGGAACUGUACAGGGCUGUGAGGCCGUCAGAGCUGGUGGGCAGCGUCUGGACCAAAGAGGACAAGGAGAAGAACUCACCCAACCUGCUCCGCAUGAUCCGACACACCACUAACCUCACACUGUGGUUCGAGAAGUGCAUUGUGGAGGCGGAGAACCUGGACGAGCGCAUAGCCGUGUUCUCGCGGGUCAUCGAGAUCCUGCAGGUGUUCCAGGAGCUCAACAACUUCAACGGCGUUCUGGAGGUGGUGAGCGCCAUCAACUCUGUACCCGUCUACCGGCUCGACCACACCUUUGAGGCGGUCCCAGAGAGGAAGAAGAAGAUUCUAGAAGAAGCAGUGGAACUCAGCCAGGACCAUUUUAAGAAGUACCUGGCCAAGCUCAAGUCAAUCAACCCACCCUGUGUGCCUUUCUUUGGGAUAUACCUAACCAACAUCCUGAAGACGGAAGAGGGGAACCCGGAUUUCCUCAAACGCGACAGCAAGGAGCCGCUCAUCAACUUCAGCAAGCGCCGGAAAGUUGCGGAGAUCACCGGAGAGAUUGAACAGUACCAGAACCAGCCCUACUGUCUGAAGGUGGAACACGACAUCAAGCGGUUCUUUGAGAACCUGAACCCCAUGGGCAGCAUGAGUGAGAAGGAGUUCUCCGACUACCUAUUCAACAAGUCUCAAGACAUCGAGCCUCGCAACUGCAAACAGCCCCCCAGAUAUCCCAGGAAGACACUGUACAACCUGAAGUCUCCAGGGAUCCGGCCAGUGCGCACCUCCACGUCGGGCACCCUGAAGGGCCACCCUGUUGCCCUGGAGAGGGAGCCCCCCCACAAGAUCACGUUCCGCAGCAUCGCGGAGACGGAGCCGGAGACCUCUGCCUCGGUGCCCACCUCGCCCAACACGCCCACGCCGCCGCAGUCCGCCUCCUCCGACCUCAGCUGUGUCUUCAUGGACCACGACCUCUGUGGCUCCUCUGGUAGCAACUCCAUCUUUGCCCCCGUACUCCUGCCUUCAAAGCUGCACUCGGUGUCCUGCGGCAGUCUGCACCCUGGGGAGGAGCUUCUCAAGCCGCCCCCCCUGCCGCCCCGCAGGAAGGACGCCUUCUCUGAGGCCAAGCUGAGCUGCAGGUCCGACAGCCCUCCAGCCAUCCCCCCCCGGCUGCCCCCUCCUCUCCCCAGGUUCCAGCCCAGGGUGCCGGUCUACAAUGGCCCCAUCGACGGCCCCCUGCCCAGCCCCCCGCCCCCGCCUCCCCGGGACCCCCUGCCGGAGACCCCUCCCCCGGUCCCCCAGCGCCCCCCGGAGAUCUUCAUCAACUACCCACUGAGCCUGCAGCCGUCGCCCGUGGGGCGCUUCCAGUGGGACUUCUCCAGCUCGCCCAGCUCCCCCAGCACGCCCCCCAGCACCCCCUCGCCUCGCGUCCCCCGGCGCGGCUGCCCCCUCAGCGCCAGCCAGAACAGUCUGUGCCCGCUGGCCAUGCCCGCCACGGCGCCCCCUGUGCCCCCACGCCACAACGCCAGCCCUCAGCUCCCCAAACUACCACCAAAGACUUACAAAAGGGAGCUCCUGCCGCCGCCCUUACAGAGCCUGUCAUUGGUGGAGAACACGGACGGUAGCCAAUAAGUCACUGCCUCUCUUUUUUUCAGCACUGGGCGUGCUCCUCAGAUGAACUGCUAACCCCGCCCUGCGAAGGGCGCGCAGACAGAGCAGACAAAACAAAUGUAUCACAAUGAAAGCUACUGAUCUGAAAGAAAGACCGACUUCUUCUCUCCCCCCCCCCCCCCCCCUCUGUCUCAAACACACACACUCCAACCCCUCCCACUCACCUUCAUCGACCAAUCACGCCACGCCUCUCAGGGGAUCAGUAGCUCCGCCUUCAUUUCAGCCCCUCUGUGCCAAUGAGAAACCCACACCGGAGUGCCAGCUACAAACAAGGACCGCCACUGUUUCUGCCUGUCUGCCAGAGUGCGAGUUCGAGAGCGUAUGUGUGUCUGUGUGUACUGUACAUAAAAAUAAUGUGAGGCACUGUGUUACUUUUCUCUUGUAGAGAGGACAUACUGUACUAGCUCUAGUGAACAAGACAGCAGUGGCUGUCUCUCCCACACCCCUCCCCAAUUUUAGACACUGUGCCCCUCCCCCCCCCCCCUCCCUCCCCACCACCCAGCCAGGGAGGAGGGGGCUGGUCUCUCCAGGCUAGCCUGCAGCCUCCACCCAGGCCUGGCCAGUCUCUCUCUCUCUCUCUCUCUCUCUCUCUCUCUCUCUCUCUCUCUCUCUCUCUCUCUCUCUCUCUCUCUCUCUCUCUCUCUCUCUCUCUCUCUCUCUCUCUCUCUCUCUCUCUCUCUCUCUCUCUCUCUCUCUCUCUCUCUCUCUCUCGCUGUGAUUCUAUGGGCAUUGACACACUGUAGUGCUUCACUCAACUCUCGAUUCCUGGAGUCUGUCAGGGCUCCCCCAGGACCUGAGGCCAUGCUGGAGCUCUUCUGUGGAAGAGGUCGGGUUGUACAGAGUUGUCAUUCGGAAACGCUUGCCGCGUCGUGUCUUUCAGCCUAACUGUAAACGAGAGACCAAAGUCUUAGUCAGGUUUAUGCAGCAGGGGGACAUAAGGGAUCUGUUUAUAGGACAAACAACGGCAUGGGGAAAAGGCAAACAGGAAUUUCAUUGGCCCGUGAACACUGGGUUACGUCCCUUUCUUCUUCGUCUACUUGUUCUCUACUGUGCACUGUGACUGCAGGGAGGCGACUCCACAGAGCCCGGGCUGAGGACAGCCUGGCCAAGGCCACACGCUACACUUCAGACGGUGCCUUCUAACCCACAGCAGUGACCUCUCACCUGGAGGAGCACUGGGUUUACCAGAUAGCCUGGCCGAGGGACUGGAUGACUGACUGACUGGCUAACUGUGGUUGGCUGAUUGACUGGCUAACUGUGGUUGGCUGACUGACUGGCUAACUGUGGUUGGCUGACUGACUGGCUAACUGUGGUUGGCUGACUGACUGGCUAACUGUGGUUGGCUGACUGGCUAACUGGCUGACUGACUGACUGACUGGUUGGCUGACUGACUGGUUGACUGACUAACUGGUUGUCUGACUGACUGGUUGACUGACUGACUGGUUGACUGACUGACCUCCUGGGCCCAGGGUGCCUGAGCAGGAAGUCCUGUCUCUCCCCAGCUCCUUAAAAAGCCAAGAUGAUGUCUUAAAGUCCUCAGGGCUGUGUGCUGCUAGCCCCACACUCCAGACAACUUCAUCACCGGUACCUUCUUCUGUGGUGUGGACGCUCAGCACUGGAAGCAGCACCAACCCACCAAAGCAUGGGGCAAAGGGACCGCGCCCCCUAGUGGAGCCUCCAAACAUCUGAACUCACGAGAGAAGAGCCUUCGUUCCAUAGUCGUUCUCUCUCUCGCGCGCUUUCUCUCUCUCUUUCUCUCUUGGCCCAAAAGACAUUUUCAUUUUUGAAAAAGACUGAAAUAAUACAUGCAUCAUGCUCGGAUGUGCCUUUUUAUUUGGUUUUGUAUUUUACAGAAUAAGCAAAUGGUGUCUAAAAUGCUAAAAAAUAAAGUUGCCUAUGUAAUGCUUAGAACAAAGCUAUACACUACAAAAAAAUGUACAGGUUUGUGGAUACAGUGUAUAUAACAUGUAUACACUAACAAAAUAAUUUGUAUGAAGUGACUUCUCUUCGUUGUUGUAUUGCACCCCUCCCCGUCCCCAGCAUCUGUCUGGUCAGCUACAGCAUAGCCAGCCAGCGACGCUACUGUCGAACGGAAGAGGUCACCGUCACCCAGUCACUUAAAGACGAUCCCCAGUGUUACACCCUGGGACUAUAACCAGAGGAAAGCCAUUCUCUCUCUCUCUGUCUCUCUCUGUCUCUCUCCCUCUUUUCCCAACAACUGUUUUAAAGGAAUGGAAAUACCCAGUCAAGACAUGCCAAGCACUUCCAUACACGUGUGCUUCACUUUGUACAUCUUACUAAAUGCCUUUUGAUGUGGAUGCCGUUUUCAUAGGUUUUUCAAACGCUAAUACUUGAGGAUGGAAUUGUAUUACGGUUUGCAUUGAGUGUGUACAUAUAUAUGUUACUUGACGAGCAUAGUGAAGAAUUUACCAUUUUUUUUUUUUUUUCUGAGAACAUACUUUGUGCACUUUAGACUGUGCUGUUGAAGAGCCGCAGUGUUGAAGGCCAUGUGUGUUGACGGCAUGCACGAUGACCAUGGUCCUGUACUACUGGUAAAGUCAACGUCCUACCUGGAUCAGGGCAGAAACGAGUUGUAGCCUUCACUCCCCUUUCUCCUCCUCCCCCGCCCCGUCCUAUCCCCACACAGCAGAAACACCAAUGGGAUUCUGACUACACCAGUGAUGUCACUUCCUCUUUGCUCAUGGCACCUCGGUUCCCCAUGACGUCAGUAUUGAUGUGUUGUUUUGCAGUUUUCUUCCCCCUGUCCAGAUUAGAUGUCCUCUGUGGCACUGUAACAGCUUGAUCCUGCGGUUGGUUUAUUCGGUGGUAUGUGGCCUUUUAACUGUGCUUUGUAUUAAUGGUCUUGAUGAGAUUAAUAAAUCACCCAGUCUUAUUUUGUACUUAC